AUGGCUGCGCCCGCAUUCGGGCUGACUGGUGGAGGCUGUACCGGGUUCAGAUGCGUCUUGUUGUUACAGAUACUUUUGCUGUUUCGUGGGGCGACUGGCAGUGAGGAGGCUGGUGCAGACGCUGGCGCGGCGUCCCUUGCGGGUUCCUGCGGUUGCGGCUCGCCCCAGCGGCCAGGGUCCCAUGGCACCUCCAAGGCGGCGCACCGAUACUCGCGGGAAGCGAAUGUCCCUGGCCUGGUCCCGGGAGAGCGCCAGCUCGCGUCUCUUAAGAUGGUCCCCAUCCCGGCAGGAGUGUUCACGAUGGGCACAGACGACCCUCAGAUACAGCAGGAUGGGGAGGCUCCUGCCCGGAGGGUCAGGGUCGAUGCCUUCUACAUGGAUGCCUAUGAAGUCAGUAAUGCUGAGUUCGAGAAGUUUGUCAACUCGACAGGCUAUUUGACAGAGGCGGAGAAGUUCGGUGAUUCCUUUGUCUUUGAAGGCAUGUUGAGUGAGCAAGUGAAGACUGAGAUCCAACAGGCAGUGGCAGCUGCUCCCUGGUGGUUACCUGUUAAAGACGCUAACUGGAGACACCCAGAAGGGCCAGACUCUACCAUUCUACACAGGGCGGAUCACCCUGUUCUCCACAUCUCCUGGAACGACGCAGUUGCCUACUGCACCUGGGCAGGGAAGCGGUUGCCUACGGAAGCUGAAUGGGAAUACAGCUGUCGCGGAGGCCUGGAGAAUAGACUUUUCCCUUGGGGUAACAAACUGCAGCCAAAAGGUCAACAUUAUGCCAACAUUUGGCAGGGCGAGUUUCCUGUGAGCAACUCUGGAGAGGACGGCUUCCGCGGAACUUCGCCUGUGGAUGCCUUCCCUCCCAAUGGUUAUGGCUUGUACAACAUUGUGGGGAAUGUGUGGGAGUGGACUGCCGACUGGUGGACCGUUCAUCAUACUGCUGAUGAAACACUUAACCCGAAAGGACCCCCUUCUGGGAAAGACCGGGUGAAGAAAGGUGGAUCUUACAUGUGCCAUAAGUCCUACUGCUAUAGGUAUCGCUGUGCUGCUAGGAGUCAGAACACACCGGACAGCUCUGCUUCCAAUCUUGGGUUCCGCUGUGCUGCAGACCUCCUGCCCACCACCGGCUAACAACCAGGGAGAGCCCUUCCUCAGUCCA